CAUCGACUGCUAGAGCUUCACAUACCUCAUUUGGGUCAAAAAUCAGAAAAGAGGAUGACAUCCUAUAGCAAAAAGCAAAUAUUGUGUGAAUUCAAGAAACUGUUAUACUUAGCAGGGCCUUUGAUUAUUGUGAAUCUGUUGGUCUGUGCGUCAUCAAUGAUUUCACUAGUGUUUGUUGGUCAUUUGGGAAAGCUGGCUCUCUCUGGUGCUUCAGUGGCAACUUCUUUUGCUUCUGUCACUGGUUUAAGUUUAAUGGUUGGACUGUCUACUGCUCUAGAAACAUUUUGUGGUCAAUCUUUUGGAGCAGCACAGUAUCACUUGUUAGGAAUUCAUAUGCAAAGAGCGAUGAUUGUUCUUUCAUCAGUUAGUCUUCCUCUCGCGGUCAUGUGGUUUUAUGCAGAAAAUUUGCUUGUGUUCUUAAGGCAAGAUCCAGAAAUCUCAGCUGAAGCCGGGUUAUACGCAAGAUAUUUGAUUCCUUGUCUUUUUGCAGAUGCAUUACUUCAAUGCCUUGUUCGUUUUCUACAAUCUCAAAACAAUGUUAUUCCUAUGAUGUUAACCACUGGAAUAACGACUUCACUUCAUGUUUUACUAUGUUGGAUUAUGGUAUUCAAAUUUGGGUUGGGAAGUAAAGGCGCAGCAUUGGCUAAUGCAAUUUCUCUUUGGAUUAAUGUGAUGUUCUUAUCGGUUUAUGUUCGUGUUUCACCUUCGUGUAAGAAGACUUGGACUGGCUUCUCAAAAGAGGCUUUCCUUAAGAUUCCAACAUAUUUGAAGCUUGCAGUUCCUUCUGCAAUCAUGAUCUGCUUAGAGAUAUGGUCAUUUCAGUUGAUGGUGUUGCUGUCUGGUCUUCUUCCUAAUCCACAGUUUGAAGCUUCAGUUCUUUCUAUAAGCUUGAACAUAGCCACAAUGAUGUACCAAGUUCCUCUUGGUCUAGGCGAUGCAACAAGUGUAAGGGUUUCAAAUGAAUUAGGUGCUGGACGGGCACAAGCAGCACGUGUAGCAAUACAUGUUUCUAUGUUUUCUACGGUGACUGAAGGUCUAUUUGGUGCAAUAAUACUGAUUUCAGGACGAAAGUUAUGGGGUUAUUGUUAUAGCAGUGACAAAGAAGUUGUGAGUUACACAGGACAGAUGCUGCUGCUUGUUGCAGGAUCUCAUUUUAUUGAAGGCAUCCAAUCUGUGCUUUCAGGUGCUGUUAGAGGAAGCGGACGCCAAAAGAUUGGUGCAAUUGUCAAUUUGGGAUCUUAUUAUCUUAUCGGAAUUCCUUUGGCUGUCUUAUUUGCUUUUGCAUUUCAUUUGGGAGGAAAGGGACUUUGGUUGGGGAUCAUUGCAGCAUUAAUCGCACAAGGGCUUUCCCUUUCUAUUUUAACAUUACGCACUAACUGGGAAAGCCAAGCAAAGAACGCUACUCAUAGAGUGAAUGAUUCUAUUAUCAGAGAUGAAAGCAUUGUAGCCACAAAUGUGAAUGAAGAAGAAACUUCAAGGAUAGAGACAUCCGAAUGUGUAGAAGAUCAAAAUAUGGUACAGGAAUGUAAUAGGAACAAAAAAGACACAAGCAACUAUCCUUAACAGGGCAACUUCAAGGAUUAUAUAUAAGCUAGGGGAGGUUUAAAGAUACAUAUAGCUACUAGAAUAAUAUAUGAAUUGUUACUAUAUAAUAUUUUCUGACAGUGUCUUAUGUCUAUAGUGUAUAGAUGAUGGAGCAUCUGGUAUCUCACUUAAAUAAUAUUUCAUCACAACA